UGAGAGGAGGAGCAGGAUGUUUUAUGAUUGGCCAGGCGGGGACUGGUAGUCCGGAGGCUGGCAUUGUGUUCCGCGUUGAUCCCCGUGUUCUUGUUUACACUUUGUGAACGGGGACGAGGCUAAGCACCCAGUGGCCGGACAGAACAAACUCGGGAGUCCAGUGUGCAGAGAAGGUGGCUUUCUGACAGCAUCUUCUCCGUGGUAACUUGUUUUCUAUUUUCCCAAACCACAAGUUUCUGUUUUCCUGGGAAUCGGAAUUCUCCCAUUGCGUUCAGAGCAGCAAUGCGUCAAACUUUUUGGUGACUUGUGUGGCACCUUACUGCUCCCAGGCAAGCAACAGUAUCAGUGCAGCUGGACAUGAGACCUACAAGGAAUAGCAGCGGCACCUUUUUGUGUUUUCACAUCCACAGGGUUUGAUAUUUACGGACCUCUUCAAACUUUGGUUACGGGAGGAAAUUACACCCUCACAAUCUGCUUGGUGAUGGAUGUGUUUUGAGCGUUUCAGUCUGUUUGCGUCAACAGUACUAACUAUUUACCAAAAAGACGGCAUACAACAUCAAAUACUGGACACUUUCGUAUUUCACUGUUUCCUGAGAAAUCUGUCAGGGGACUUUGUUGGACAAGAGCAACUUGGUUACGCUGCGUGGAAAACCCUGGGACGCUCCGCUACGGCGUAGCCGGAAAAGAUGCUCUCUGUUCGGAUGCAGCGUGACCAAGGUCUCGGUCCUCUGGUUUUUCUCAUCCUGGUUGGGGGAUAUGUCGUGUCUGGCACUGAGAGCACUGACUACAGCGAUGCCGAGGUUCUCCCUGACUCCUUCCCGUCUGCACCGGCGGAGCCUCUCCCAGAAUUCCUCCUUGAACCAGAGGACGCUUUCAUUGUGAAGAACCGGCCGGUCCAGCUGCGGUGCCGGGCAUCGCCAGCCACCCAGAUUUACUUCAAAUGUAACGGAGAAUGGGUCAAUCAAAACGAUCACGUCACCAGAGAAAGCCUGGACCAGAUCACAGGUCUGGUGGUGCGGGAGGUGGACAUCUCGGUGGCGAGGACGCAGGUGGAGGAGCUGUUCGGGUUGGAGGACUACUGGUGCCAGUGUGUGGCCUGGAGCUCAGCUGGCACCACCAAGAGCAACCGUGCCUACGUCCGCAUUGCAUACCUGAGGAAGAACUUUGAGCAGGAGCCGCUGGGGCGGGAGGUGCGACUCGAGCAGGAAGUGCUGCUGCAAUGUCGCCCCCCUGAAGGCAUGCCAGCUGCCGAGGUGGACUGGCUGAAAAACGAAGACGUUAUAGAUCCAUCGCAAGACUCCAAUUUCCUGAUCACCAUCGAUCAUGAUCUGAUCAUCAAACAGGCCAGACUGUCCGACACCGCCAACUACACCUGCAUGGCUCGCAACGUAGUAGCCAAAAGACGCAGCAGCACGGCUACUCUUAUUGUUUAUGUGAGCGGAGGUUGGUCGUCAUGGACUGAAUGGUCAGAGUGUAAUGCUCGGUGUGGGAGGGGCUGGCAGCGACGAACACGCAGCUGCACCAAUCCUGCCCCUCUGAAUGGAGGAGCCUUCUGUGAGGGCCCACCCUUCCAGAGAGUGACCUGCACCACACUGUGCCCAGUGGAUGGAGGCUGGACACAGUGGGCAAAGUGGUCCGCCUGUGGGACAGAGUGCACCCACUGGCGCAGUCGCGAGUGCCAAGCCCCCCCACCUAGAAAUGGAGGAAAGCACUGCAGCGGCAGCAUGAUGGAGAGCAAAAACUGCACUGAGGGGCUGUGUGCGCGCAAUAAAAAGAUUUCUAUUGAACAUGCAAGCCAUCCGCUGGCCCCAGGUAUGGGUGUCGCCGUCUACGCUGGUCUGGUCGGGGCCCUGCUGCUGUGUGUGAUACUGGUGUUGUGCGUGGGAGUGCUUGCAUAUCGCCGCAGAUGCCGACAUCUCCAUGGAGACAUCACCGACUCUUCAUCUGCUCUAACUGCCGCCUUCCACCCUGGCAACUACAAGCCUCCCAGACAAGAUAACCCUCACACUCUGCAUCCCUCAGCUCCUCCAGAUCUGACAGCCACAGCGGGGACUUUCCGAGGGCCGCUCUUCUCCCUUCAGCAAGGAGUCAACGACAGCCCACACAAAAUCCCCAUGACCAACUCUCCCUUGCUGGACCCACUGCCAAGCCUCAAAAUCAAGGUGUACAAUGCCUCCACUCUUUCCUCCAUGGACCUCCCCGCGGACAUGUGCUUAGGCGACGGAGAGAUCCUAAGCCUGAAGUCAGUGGGUACUAUGGGUAGAGAGCGAGAUUACCACAGCCACACCAUGUCAAGAGAGCCUGGGCUGAGCACCAGCGCCACUUUGGGUAAUCUGGGAGGACGCCUUACCAUCCCCAACACAGGUGUAAGCCUGCUGAUCCCCCCAGGGACAAUCCCCCAGGGGAAGUUCUACGAGAUGUACCUCAUCAUCAACAAGUGGGACAAAACGACGUUACCCUCUGAGGGCAGUCAGACUGUGCUAAGUCCGGUGGUAAGCUGCGGUCCAUCCGGUAUGCUGCUGAAUCGUCCUGUGGUUCUUACUUUGCCACACUGUGCCCAGCUAGACACUCCUACACCUGACUGGACCCUCUCACUCAAGACACAGACGCACCAGGGGGCCUGGGAGGAGGUGCUGACAGUAGGAGAGGAGACUUUGUCAUCUCCGUGCUACCUGCAGCUGGAGGAGGAGUGCUGUCAUGUCCUCAUGGAGCAGCUGGGAACGUACGGCCUGGUGGGCCAAUCCUGCCCCCCACAGCCCGCCUGCAAACGCCUGCAGUUAGCACUGUUUGCCCCUCGAGCGCCAUGCCUCUCUUUGGACUUCAGCCUUCGUAUCUACUGCAUCCACGAUACUCCUCAUGCCCUCAAGGAGGUGCUGGAUUUGGAGAGGAGUCUGGGUGGAGUUUUGCUGGAGGAUCCCAAGCCUCUUCUUUUCAAAGACAGCUACCACAACCUGCGCCUGUCCAUCCACGACAUUCCUCACACUCACUGGAGAAGCAAACUACUGGCAAAGUAUCAGGAGAUUCCUUUCUAUCACAUCUGGAGCGGCAGUCAGAGACCCCUGCACUGCACGUUCAGCCUGGAGAGAGGUAGCCUGGCCGUGUCGCAGCUCGCCUGUAAGAUCUGCGUCCGACAGGUGGAGGGGGAGGGACAGAUAUUCCAGCUGCACACGGAUAUUCAGGAGACUCUCCCCCCACACUCGCCCCUUCCCUCCGGAGGCACCUGCCUGCCGUCCUCUCAGGUGGGACCUUAUGCCUUUCGCUUGCCUGACUCCAUCCGCCAGAAGAUCUGUGCCAGUCUGGAUGCACCCAGUGCCCGGGGAUGUGACUGGAGACUACUGGCCCGCAGUCUGGGCUUUGACAGGUACUUGAACUACUUCGCAACAAAGCCCAGCCCUACCGGUGUUCUCUUGGACUUAUGGGAAGCCUGUCACCAAGCCGAUGCAGACCUGGUUUCUCUGGCGACCGCGCUGGAAGAAAUGGGCAAAAGUGAGGUGCUAGUCGUCAUGACAACAGAUGGGGAUUGUUGAUUGGUCAAGGAACGAGAGAGCAAGCCAGACAUUUUCUUUUCUUUCUCACCACCGUGAUGAAAAUAAGAAUACCUGUCUAUGAGUAUGCACACGUCAUAAGCCCACAGAGCAUUCUGGUUCUCUCACAUGCUCUGUUUUACCCCUGCCUCAUAUUCCUUCUCACUGACCCCUGAUCAGCCAGUGUAGCUACAAACCCACCGAAACCCAUUCCCAUGAAAACUGAUCUGAUUCAGCUUCAAUCCUCCAAAGCAAUGUUGCAUCUGUAGAACCAAUUCAAGGGUAUGAAGCGUAAAAUGGGUGUAAAGUCAUCUAUCAUACGUGGUGCUUCUAAGAUACAGAAUUACACUUUUCUUUUAUAUAAAUAAUAAAAAGCAUUGGAAAAACAAACAAAAAAACUCAUGUAUUCAACACACGAAAGCACGCACAAUAAAACAAACAGACAAAUGCUAACAGGGGAUUACCCAUGUUUCAGUAGCAGCAUGAAAGUGCAUGAUUUAGCACCAACAAACCUCAUGGCGGGGGCUUUUGUUUUCUCCAUUGUCAUUCUGCGUGUGCAGUGGACGACAGGCAGCACCGACAAACUGUCUGAAAUUUCCUCGGGCUACAGACACACGUGCGGUCAUUAACUGGCUCUGAAUCAGAUAGGCUAGGUUUUCCUCUCUAGCUGCUUGACAAGAAAGUCAAUUGAGGUCCAAAAAACCUCAAGUUAUGACAGCUCAAGCAUGUUGCUUUAGGCUUGGAAAUAAAAAUCUGCCUCGUCUUUUUGGAGGGAGGGUGAAUUUUGAAGAAGAAUUGGCAGAUAACUAGACCGACUGACUCUUUAUAUUGUACCAACAAAUGCCUCAAAGCCUUGGCAUAUCGUUCCCACUCACAGGGGUGUUUCUCUUUCAUCUCUCCUCGCAUUCCUUUAUCGCUCUGCCACACUCCUCCGAUCUGUUUAGACAAAUCUGCAGGAGAGCCUUUCUGCUCGUCCCUUAAAAGUUUCCUGUGGGGAACGCUCUUUAAGUUAUUAUCCAUAUUUGUGGAUUGUGUUUUUUUUUUUCAUUGCUGUUACGAUCAUGUAGAACAUCUUCAAUCAUCUGUACUUAUUUAGGCUGCUGUGUUUUUAUUUUUAAUUCUAGUAGACCAGGCCAAAUGGGAGUUUUAGAUGCAGAGUGGAUGUCUCAGUUGUGAAUAACAGAAACAUUGUUUUUAAUGCGGUGAAUCUAAUCUAAGUGUAAAAGACGAUUAGAGGUGGUGAAAUGUCCCAGUGAAUAUAGUGUAUAUUUGCUUUGCUGUAACUGAGGGCAGUGUUCAUUGUUCAGAGAUGAAUAUGACAGAGUAGAUUAGCCUUUCCUUGAAUCAACUAGGCUGCAAGGGACCAUAAAAUGUACCUCAACACAAAUUGCAUUCAUCUAUUCUCUGUCCACCACUUAUAUAUCGGUUUAUUAAACCCCCCUGUAAUUCAUUAUGUCACUGUUCUCUCGAUUUGAUAACAUUGUCAACCUUUUUUACUAAGCCGCCUGCUUUGUGGUCAGGGUCCUCAAGCUUUUUCGCGUUAUCAAGAUGGUUCUGUCAGUUAAUGUUAGACAGGAAUUGAAAUGCUUUCAUCUGUGACUUUUUCAUUACUUAAGUUCUGUGUUUCUUUUUUUGUGUUUUUUCCCCUCCAUGCAAAAAAAGUAUUCAUAUCGAAACCACAAAAACCAAAACACAGGCAGUAUCCCUCCUAUUCGGCAGUGAGUCACGUUACUGUUUUUGUGUGAAUGAACUGAAAACUCAAGUGUGUGUGUGUGAGUGUGUGUUGAGUGAGUGGGUAUGUGUGGGCAGGCGGGUGUGCACUAACAGUACUGUAUGUGCACACGCUUCAGAUCUGUCAUUUCUCUUUGUAAGUGCUAUGCAAGUACAAAAGAAAAGAAAAACGUUUAGACUUCUUUUGUUUCCUGGAAGAGAAAUUCUAUUUUUUCAGAUCGGGGCAUUGACAGGGUUUUGAUUUUGUAUCCUAAAGUAAUUUUAGAGUUGGUUAUGAUGGUAUAUGUGUGAAUUCUUCAUCUGGAUCGGGAAGGAUUGGAUCACUGACCAAGGAAGCUGCUGUUGGAAAAGCCCAAGUAGGAGAUCAAAACAAAUGAUGUGGAGAUGGCUUCAAAUCUAUUUGUGGCUAACACCAUGAACUCGUGCCCUGCAGGUCUUUGUAAGGAAAUAUCUGAACACCACCAGUUCAGAGCUUUGGAUCCCUGAACACUACAGGACUAUUUUCCUUCCUCAGAGACUGGCUAGGUGUAGACUACAGUGUUUAUCCGUCCAGAUUUCUUGAGUAUCUGUUGAAUCUUUGGCCAUAGCGCUGGAUAAAUCAUGCUGGAGCUGGACUGGAUUCCUACUUGCUCCCUUCAAAGAGAACAUGUUAGCCUUUGUUCGAGAAGUCAGACAUUUUUACGAAAAAAACAGAAUGGAUUCAGUGACAUUAUUUUAUCUCUGUAAAGUACCAAUUGUAAAUAAAUGUCUAGCCUUCUUACCUGUAACUAAAUAUAAUUUUUAUGCAAUAAAUUAUAUUUCUUAGUUUAACAA